CAUGGCGUGCGAAUGUUUGAUUUGUUGUUACGUGAAUGGCCGGUGACGCGAGAAGAGAUCUGACGCAACACAAAGGCGAUUUUUUCGUCUGUAAAGUAACGAGAUGAUCCGUAGCGUUGAUCGCACUUUGUAAAUGCGAUCUACCGGGUCAGAAUGCAUGAACCUUGCAAUUAGAAUGGCUGUUAUGUACAAGAGGAGCAUGUUAAUUGUUUGCGUUCUCUGCUGCCUCUUUUUUUCUUGUUGCGGCUCCCCUGUUCUCCUAUUCGCCACUAACAAAGAUAUUCGGAUGACCAAUGUGUCUCGGAGCAACAAGGUUAAUGUUAUUGUCAAAGAUCUAUCAGAAGGCGCAGCUCUAGACUUUUAUUAUGAACGAGGGUUGAUUUGCUGGUCUGACAGUGGCCUGGAAAUGAUACAAUGUAUACGUGCUAAUGGCACACACACAGGUGAACGUAUGACUGUGGUCAAUUCCAGUCUGAUAUCUCCUGAUGGUCUAGCAUGUGACUGGUAUACAGGCAAAUUAUAUUGGACAGAUGGGGAAAAAAAUAGAAUAGAGCUGACUAGCAUUGAUGGCCGUCAUAGGAAAGUUCUUUUCUGGACGGAUAUCUAUCAGCCACGUGCAAUAGCGCUGGCGCCUAUGAAAAGCUUCCUUUUCUGGACUGAUUGGGGUGAUGUACCCAAGAUAGAACGUGCUAGCAUGGAUGGUGAUCCAAGUACACGUAUAGUAAUUGUGUCCGAUAAUAUAUUCUGGCCAAAUGGCUUAACUGUGGACUAUGAGAAUGAGCUAAUCUACUGGGCAGAUGGCAGACUAUGGUUUAUAGCUGUGAUCGACUUCUAUGGUGGAAAUCGACGUACGAUUGUCAAUCGUGGUCUAGAUUAUCCCUUUGCCCUUACAUACUUUGACCAACGACUGUACUGGACAGACUGGAAGACUUGGUGCAUACAUUCAUACGACAUGCGUCAGUCGCAGGCAAAUCCACGUGAAUUGUUUCACGGCGAAUUUAUACCUGGUACGGUAUACAAAUUUUGUAAAAUGCUGAAUAAAUUUACAUGGAGCGACAUCGAGGUGUGGGACGCAAAGAGGCAGCCUCAAGGAAAUAAUCCUUGUCGGCAGAACAAUGGCAAUUGUUCUCAUUUGUGUCUUUUGAGCACGUCGAAGCGCGGCUAUAGCUGUGCUUGUCCCACGGGCGUGAAACUAGUUGACAAUUUCACGUGCGCCAAAGGCCCAGAAGAAUUGUUGUUGAUCGUCCAGAGGAGCGAAAUCUGUCGGAUAUCUUUAGACUCGCCUGACUACACCAACUUUGUAUUGCCGCUCACCGGUAUCAAGCAUGCCAUCGCGAUUGAUUUCGAUCCAGUCGACGAGAUGCUAUACUGGACCGACGAGCAGGCCUUUGCAAUUCGGAGAGCGUAUCUUGAUGGCUCAGGACAGCAGAAUGUGAUCGUGACGGAGGUGAUGAAUCCUGAUGGCAUUGCGAUCGACUGGGUCGCCCGAAAUAUGUACUGGACUGACACCGGCACCGAUCGCAUUGAAGUGGCGCGACUGAACGGUACGAGACGUAAGGUCUUAGUAAACGAAGAUCUGGUGGAACCACGAGCGAUUGCGGUCGCGCCCGAUCUGGGUUGGAUGUUUUGGACUGACUGGAAUGAAAAGCGACCGAAAAUCGAACGUAGUAACUUGGACGCUACAGACAGAAUUUUGCUUGUUACCAAGGACAUAUCAUGGCCAAACGGUAUCGCCUUAGACCUUGAACGUCUGAAGAUUUACUGGUGCGAUGCUAAAACCGACAAGAUCGAGGUGUCUAAUAUGGACGGUACCGAUCGCCGUGAGGUCAUCACUGACAAUCUACCGCAUCUGUUCGGUCUUAGUCUUCUGGGUGACUAUUUGUACUGGACCGACUGGCAACGACGUAGCAUCGACCGAGCGCAUAAGCUCACUGGUGGUGAUCGCGAAGUGAUCGUCGAUCAAGUACCGAACGUGAUGGGUCUGAAGGCUGUGCACCUCGGUCGAGUAAACACCAGUACUAACCCGUGUGGACGUGACAACGGUGGCUGCGGUCAUUUAUGUCUUAAUCGACCUCGCAACAAGUAUGUGUGUGCUUGUCAGAUCGGCUAUGAGCUUACUAAAGAUAAACGCACAUGCGUCGUACCGGAUGCAUUCCUGCUGUUUGCCAGGAAAGAUAAUAUUGGGCGUAUCAGCAUUGAGAAUGUCAACAAUGACAAUAUUAUACCAAUCACUGGCUUAAAGGAUGCUAGCGCCUUGGAUUUUGACUUCGGUGAGAAUCGCAUUUAUUGGACGGACAUUAAACAAAAAGCUAUCACUCGUGCCUUUAUAAACGGAUCAGAAAUAGAAAAAGUGAUCGAUCUCGGCCUAGAAUCUCCGGAGGCUCUCGCGCUCGAUUGGAUUGCGCACAAUCUUUACUGGAGUGACAUCAACACACGUCGCAUAGAAAUGAUAAGAUUAGAGGGUAGUAUCAGACGAGUUCUUGUGUGGCAAAAUCUUAUCGAGCCUAAAUGUUUGGCUUUAGAUCCUGAGAGGGGUCACAUAUACUGGACAGAGUGGGGCGGUUCGGGGAGUAUUGAAAGGGCGGAUCUGGAUGGCGCACAGCGGCAGACGAUCAUCUCAGGUAUCGGUCGAGCGAAUGGUCUCACUAUCGACCAUGCCGCUCGCAAACUCUACUGGGCCGAUCUGCAGACUCCCGCGAUCGAUUGCUUUGAUCUACGUACGCGGCAAAAGGUUGUCAUUAUCACGCAGAAUAUAGUGUAUCCAUUCAGCAUAACGCAAUAUCGCGAUUACAUCUAUUGGACGGACUGGAACACCGGCGAUAUCGAGCGCGCGGACAAGACGACAGGCGUGAAUCGCACGAGGAUUCACGAUCAAUUGGAAUCGGUGACUGCUCUGCUGGUGUUCCACGCUUCUCGCCAGCCCGGCUGGAACCCGUGCGCUGUGGCGAAUGGGAACUGCAGUCACCUGUGUAUCGCUCUAUCGAACGCAAAUGGCAGUAUAUCUGUUUCACGAAAGUGUACCUGUCCCACGCAUUACAGCCUCGCGCGAGACAAUCGCACGUGCAUGCCGCCAAAGCGCUAUAUGAUCUACAGUCUGCGCAAUACUAUAGCACGCUAUUUACCCGACUUACCCGACGAUUGCGCGGAUGUUGUGCUACGUCUGCAGAACUUGAAGAACGUACGUGCGAUUGAAUACGAUCCGGUGACACAGCACGUGUAUUGGGUUGACGGUCGCAAUUUUCUUAUUCGCCGCACUUUAGAGAACAAGACGCAGCACAGUAGCUCAGUGCUGGUAUCCGCAGGGUCGGGUCAUCCAUUCGACUUAGCAUUGGAUCCAUUGAGCAGACUUCUUUUCUGGUCGUGCAUAGUGAAUGAUGUGAUCAAUGUGACGCGCCUUGACAACGGUUCCAUGCUCGGAAUCGUGGUGAAAGGUGACGGUGAAAAACCACGCAAUAUCGCGAUACAUUCACAACAGCGGCUGCUAUUCUGGACGGAUGUGGGCAAGAAGAUAAGAGUGAUGCAGAGCAAGAUGGACGGCCAAGAACGCUUGGAGAUCGCGACAAACCUGGAGUCACAACCGACUGGUCUAGCCGUCGACACUGAAGCGAACAUCGUAUACUGGGCGCAUGGCAAGCUGAUCGAAUGCGCCGACUUCAUGGGCAACAAUCGCAGAACCCUAGUGACUAUUUCGACGCCAGGUAUGGUCGCGCACAUGUCCGUGUUCUUGAACUAUCUAUACUGGUUUGAUCGUGAGAGUCAAACACUCGAGAGAGUCAACAAAUCGUCCGGCUUCGGUAGGCGAACGCUCAUGAACCACGUGCUCAUCACCGACCUCGUAACUGUCAGUGUGCUGGACAAUAUAGAGGCACAUGUGUGUAGCCCCUUUAACGACUACGGCGACUGUUCGCAUUUUUGCAUCGGUACCAACUCGCCGCGCUGCUCUUGUCCGCGUUCGCUAGUACUCUCAGAGGACGGUCGUACUUGUCGAGCAGCACCAGCCUGUGGUAACGAUCAUUUCACCUGUGCCGCGCCGAGCUCAACAGGGCUUAAAGAAUGUAUACCAGCCGCGUGGAAAUGCGACGGUCAAACGGACUGCUUGGACGGCAGCGACGAACUGGGCUGCCCGGCCUGCAAUCGCGAGCAAUUCAAGUGCGAUUCUCUUUGUAUCGAUAUGAGUUUGGUAUGCGAUGGAACACCACAAUGUCACGACGGAUCGGACGAAGCCCAUUGCUGCCGCGCAGAUCAGUUUCCGUGUGCCGCAAGCGGGGUGUGCAUAUCCGCCUCAGCCCUUUGUGACAAAUGGGAAGAUUGUGCUGACGCUAGCGACGAGAUACCGCAAAAUUGCGAGACCGCACGUCAUCGGCAAGAUAACGUGCCAUCGGCUGAGUCCAGCAAAGUGACCUACGUUAUCAUUAUAUUGGUGGUUGUAGUUCUGACUAGCGUGACAAUCUUGGGUUAUUACUACUGUCGCAGGAAAUUUACUGGAAACGAAGGUUUGCCCGAUAUCUUACACGAUUCGGCGGGCGACCCGUUGUCUCCAAAAUCAAACAGAGUUGUUAAACCGAUGUUCGCGCACAAGAAUAAUAGGAAAGAUCUUAAAGCUGGUAUGGAGGCUGUGAGGAUGUCUAUGCUCAAUGGAAGUAGUCUUGGAUCUAGUUACGACCGCAGUCAUAUUACAGGCGCGUCGAGUUCGACCAGAGGCAGUUCCGCUGGUGGCUAUCCUCAAGAAACAUUGAACCCACCGCCAAGCCCGGCGACAAUUGCUAGCUCUACGCGUUGCUCGAGUAGCAACGCCUCUCGUUAUAAACCUUACCGGCAUUAUCGGAGCAUUAAUCAACCACCGCCACCGACUCCUUGCAGCACUGACGUCUGCGAUGAGUCAGACAGCAAUUACCCGGCACGCUAUCGUUACGAGAGCGAACCGUUUCCACCGCCACCGACGCCACGUUCCGUCUACCAUAGCGAUGCGGCAAUCAGUUGCCCGCCGUCACCCAGCUCCAGAUCAUCGACGUAUUUCAACCCGUUACCACCACCGCCGUCACCAGUGCCUUAAACUGAGAAAAAGGGGGAAAGAAGGAGAAACUAUUCAGCUAUUCUAGGCCCAUAUAAUUCGCCUUCUUCUUGUUCGAAAAAUUGUUACUGGGCCGCUGCAGCUGUCCUGCGAGCUGUCCGAGCCUCCUUUGAAGCCUCGCGGUGCCGUUUUUCUGCUACCUUCAUGUCUCGUUUUUCUGCAUAAUCUUUGGCAGAGGGCCCAAUAAUCACUCCCAUUGUUUCAAAUGCAAAAUAGCUUGGAAACCUUCAUUAAAAAUUGCAACAGCAAAGAAAUUGGCCAGUUUUAUUGUUUUUAAACCACUGUGAAGGUGUUUAGGAGCAAAGUGCCACAACAAACCAUUAUAACUUUCGUUAUUAUUUUGUGUACUACUAUCCUUGCAUCUGUUUAAUAAUUCAGGCCUACUUAAAUCACUAUAAAUUGGUUCUAGAACUUCUUGAAUUUGUAGGUCCAGAGGGAGAUAGUCAUGUGUAAAUUUCGUCAUGUCGUACUGGUGUACUCGGUCGACUGCUCCAGCGUGUGUCGAUUUCCCUGGAACUUUCUUUUCUUAUUGGUACUUCUACGCGCUGGAGUAUCGUGUGUGCCUUUUUGAACACUAGAUUGACUUUUCCCACUCAUUUUGAAUGAAAUUCGCGCUGCGAUGUGCUCUGCACAGUGGCUAAAAAUGAACUAGACGGGCCGCUUACGUAUACCUGCGUCGAGCGGCUUCGAAACCUUUUGAGCUGGUAACAACGCUUUCGUACAAACAUAAAGGGAUUAUUGUGAGUCCUUCGUCCUACGUCGAACUACCAGGCUCUCUUUUCUAUCUUUGAAAUAUAAACGAUUACGUCAGAGCCUAAGAACUAUCGCAACUGCCCGGAGUCCUGCCUCGCCGGCGAGAAUCGAGUUUAUGGCCCCCGAGUGUCUGCGAGCUGUCGUUUCAUCCUUGCCGUUUCUAAAAUAUUUCAGAUACGACCAUAACACUUCAGGAUAUUAUUCUACAGAUGUUAAACUGUCAAAAAAUGCAAAAAAAAUUCGAUUUUUUCAAACCGUCACACUAGGUAAGCCCCUUAAUAUAAAACUUACUUUUAAUCAAAUACUUUUGUCCCGACACAGUGGACCGUUAAUGGAUUAAUGAAAACUUAAAAAAAUUUUAACAGUUUAAGAAACGGGUUUCUUCGCUAAUUAUUGUCGUUGAAUAUUCGCACUUAAACAAGAAAAAUCCGUAAACUACCAUUAUAUUUUCAACUAUUGUUUAUCUACAUAAUCAAAAAUAUUUGCCAAGUCUUCCGUCACACCAUAAUCAAUUUGACAACCGCAAUUCGUUAAAGUAUUAUAACAACAACGACGGUGGUGUUGGCAACAAGGGGUCGAAGCAUUAUUCACAUUUUGUGCGAACGUAGAGCAUCGUAAAUUAAUAUCAAACGUAGAUUCCUUAUUCUUAGGAAGAGAAUCUCAAGGUUAUCGAUUUUAUGAAUUCACAAAACAACUUGUCAACCACCAAAUUCAGUGAAUAGUGUGAGAAUACGAUACUUGCAUCCUUAUCGGCCCCUGUCAAUUAUCACGAUAAAAAAGAUACGUUCUACGCAAUAUUUUACCAUUUUUAUUUGGAGUGAUCAUCGAAAAUUCUGUGGGCGAGAAAGCUCUUUAACGGUAACGUAAGUGCGAAACUCGAAUAUAGAAUUUCCUAAAUAAAUGCUUGUGAGAGAUCAAGAUAUGUUUUGUAUUAGGAACGACAUGUACCAAUAAAUACAAAACGAUAUAAUCCGUUAGAGAGAUGCUUUCUCGUCCUGGAAUCUCCCCAACUCAGCGCGCGGCCUUCGUCCACAUGGCUCUCAGUUAUUCAUAUAAGUUACCUGUAUGGUAGUUCGUUAUUAUCCUGGUACAACAGACAAGAGAAUAAUUAUCUAUAUGAAAAAAUCAAAAGCAUAGAAUUCAACAUCUGGAAAUAGAGAAGCUAACAUCUCUGUUGUCAGCUUUGAAUUUGUUCAAUUUUUAUCCAGUUAUAUUUUUAUUUAUAUCUUUCCAAAGCUGCUAUUAGGCGUUACUAAUUUUGUAAUUCUUAUUAACUUUCUCAGGAACAAUUUAUGUAAAAAGGAAUUCAUUCUACUUUUUUCAUAUGUUUUACAGUUCUCUCUUUUCUAUAUAGUAUCAUCGAUAUAUAACGGAUCAUCCUAUAUAAUCAUACCAUCGUGCCUACUAUUUGCAUUUGAAUAGUUUGUAAUGUACAGAGAAAAGAUUCUCCUACCAUGCGUAGAUUUUGUAAAUAUCUAGCACGAACACAUGUAAUUUCCAUGAAAUUAUACGAUAUUAUAUUGUAAAAAAUGUAUAUAUGAUUAUAGUUUGAAAGAGAGAAAUAUCCGUUUUGAUUCUGCGCAUACUUUAUACGAGCACAUUUAUCUGUAGUUUAUUCAUUGUAAUUUCAAAGUAUAUUAUUAUUAGUAAUUAUCAGUAAUGACAUGGUUAUUAUUAUGUUACAGUUAAUGAUACGUAUAUGUUAUCUUUUUUACUUGAUUUCACAAUAAGACUUAACAAUAAGACUUUUAACUUAAUAUAAUAAGACUUUUUUACUCUUUAUUCUAGGCGAAAAACUUAGUUUUUUAUAAGCUUUCUAAUGACUUGGGCGCGAUAUAAAAAACGGCCUUUCAAAGUUUUAUUAUACUUAUAAUUUUUCGCAUUAAUAUUUUAAUUCGAUCGAAUUAUUUUUUUGUUCAACUGUACGUUUUUACAGAUUCGAUGACAUAUUAUUUAUCAAUAUAACAUAUAAACUCUGAGCGUGCACGUAAACUGAACAUAAUAUAAAAUGCAGAGAAAAUUAAUGAAGAAUUUAGCAAUAACUGCAACAUACAACUUACACUGUAUACACUUAUAAUUAAGGCGCACCGUGCAAUGUACAUAUCGUGUUAAAAUAACAGCAGCAUUAUAUCUUUAAUGCACACGUCCGUUCCUGUGAGUGUAAUGUCAGUUUCAGGAAACUGUGCCAUAAUCAUACUCGACAGUCCAAUUAUAUGCAUAAUACCGUAUACUUGCCAGUUUUGUUGAGCAAAAUUUAUUCGCGAUUAACGCAUGAAGAUUCUGAAUGUACGUUUGCAAAUAACUUUAAUAUGUUUGCAAGUGCAUAUAUGUGUAUAUUUUAAAUAUAUACGUAUAUAUAUAUAUAUACAGGGUCCUCAAAAAGUCCGGGAACGCUAAAAUAUUUCGAAAAAUAUGAAAGAUACGAAAAAAUGUUUCAUACAAAAGUUGUAGGGCUUAAAAAGAUCUAUUUAGUAGUCAUAUCAGUUUGAUCAUAGGUGGCGUUGCUAAGGUCAUAUGAAGGUCAACUUUGUUUUUUUAAAUAGAAUCCCCUAUUUUUUAUUGGAAAUUCUUGUAGCUUAUCUCGAGAGCUUCCCAAAACAUUAUAAUGAAGUCAUUUUUUAUUAAAUUCUUCCCGAGUUAUGACGCUUGAAAGUACCGCCGGCAUUAGCAUUAUCCAAAGUGUACCGCGCGGAGGUUGCACGGUCAAAUUUAUACCUCGCGCGCGCGCGCGCGCGCGCGUGUGUGUGUGUAGGUAACAUUUUUCAAGCUAUUGUUUUUUACUUUUUCAAUUAAUCAAAUGUUCAUAAUGUCUUCUUUCUACUGUUUGGCAAUGAGCUAAACGUUCAUAGAAACUAUUAAUCACAUGGCUUAUUUGUUCUAAAGUGAUCAGAGAUGCUUCCUGCAUUAUUCGAUUCUUCAGGUCUUCCAAAUUACAUGGUUUCGUUGCAUAAACCUUACUUUUGAUGUGUCCCCAAAAAAAGAAAUCAAGAGGAGAUAGAUCAGGUGAUCUAGCAGGCCACUCAAUGGCACCUCUCCUACCUAUCCAUCGAUUAGGAAAAGAACGGUUUAAAAAUUCUCGAACUUAUACCGCAAAAUGAGGUCCUGCUCCAUCUUGCUGGAACCAAACGUUUUACAUGUUUGCGUCAAAUAAAUUUUCAAUUUCAGAAAUGAUAUGAUCUCGCAAUAAAUUUUCAUAUUUUUCAGCAUUUAAAUCACCAUCUAUGAAAAAUGGGCCUAUAAUACCGCGAUCAGAAAAAGUAACAAAAUUCAAAAAGUUAGCAUUAUCAUCACACCGAUGCAUCAGUUCUUCACAAAACUGAAUUCUUCUAUCAAAAUCAUCUUCCAUAAGUUCUUGAGCGAUAACAAUUUUAUACGGAUAAUAUUUAUGCUUUUUUAAAAUGUUAGAAACGCUGCCUUCACUGAUAUCAUGGGCUUGUGCUGUUUUUGAUACGGACAAAUGAGGAUUUUCCUGAAAUGAUUGGAGAAUAUCCAAAGUCUUAUCAUCAUUAGUUGCGGAUUUUGACCUUCCGCUGCGAGAUCGGUCCUUAACUGUUCCCGUUUCAAAAAAACGAGUCAUUGUUCUGCAAAUGGUAAAUUUAGAAAUAGGAUCGAGAUCAGAAUGUGUAACAUUGAAUAGAUCAGCUACUUCUUGAUAUGAUCUAACACGAUCACCAAAUCCUCGAUAAAUAAGUAGCAAUGUUCUUUCUUUUUCGGUUAACAUUUUUCAGAGAAAAAUGUGAUAUUAUAAUCGGAAAAAGAAACAAAAGAGACAAAGAGCGAGAUACGAGCGAGCGCAACUCGUUUUUAGAAUAUGUGGACCGAGAAGUAUCUCUGAUCGCACCUCCGCGCGGUACACUUUGGGUAAUGCUAAUGCCGGCGGUACUGUAACUUUCAAGCGUCAUAACUCGGAAAGAACUUAAUAAAAAAUGACUUCAUUAUAGUGUUUUGAAAAGCUCCCGAGAUAAGCUACAAGAAUUUUCAAUAAAAAAUAGAGGGUUCCAUUUAAAAAAACAAAGUUGACCUUCAUAUACCCUUAGCAACGCCACCUAUGGUCAAACUGAUAUGACUACUAAACAGAUCUUUUUAAGCCUUAUAACUUUUGUAUCAAACAUUUUUUCGUAUCUUUCAUAUUUUUCGAAAUAUUUUAACGUUCCCGGACUU